AUGGGCAAUGACGGCGGCAGCAUUCCCACCCGCCGCGAGCUCGUGAAAGAGGCUGCGCGCAAUCCAACCGCAACCGAACUCAAGGACAAGCAGAAGGAACAUCUGGCACAUCGGUGGUCGACAUGUCCAGUGUCUCACAAGCCCCUAUCCAAACCAGUGGUCUCAGACUACACAGGCGAGCUGUACAAUAAAGAUGCAAUCAUUCAGUUCCUCCUGCCCGCCGAAGCGAGUUCAGUGGACAAAAUCGAGUACGAAAAGUUCAUCCAAGGACGCAUCAAAGCCCUGAAGGACGUUGUGGAAGUGCAAUUUGAAGUCGAGCACGACGACAAGACGAAGGAAGACAGAUGGAUUUGUCCGGUGACAUCGAAGGAGCUGGGUCCCAAUGUCAAGGCCGUCUACUUAGUACCAUGUGGCCACGCCUUUUCGCAAGAAGCCAUGCAGGCCAUGAAGAGCGAUGGUAAAUGCGUCCAAUGUGCCACUCCGUACGAAGAACGCGACAUCAUACCAAUUUUGCCCAGUACCGAAAAAGACAAGACCUUCGUGAUUGAGCGUAUGAAGACUUUGCAGUCGCUAGGACUGACUCAUUCCUUGAAGAAAGCCAGUGGAAGCAAGAAAAGGAAGGCGAAUGGGGAGAGUAAGGUCGAUUCAAACGUCACCAGUAAUGUCGGUACGAAGGAAGUCGAAACAAACGGGAACACCGAGGCUGGAGCCGCAACAGUUUCUCGCUCUGCGACGCCACAAUCUGGGACGUCAACCCCGAAGCCUUCAAGCGGAAUUCGCAAUGCGGCGACAGCGAGCCUUACCGCACGCGUGCUGGAGGAGGAGGAGGCAAGAAAGAAGAGACGUCGCGAAAACGAGAACAUAAGUUCUUUGUACACGAAAAAUAACGACGGUAAAGCGAGACGAGACGGCGAGUUCAUGACCCGGGGAUUUACGAUUCCAGCAAAUGCGCGACACCAAUGA